AUGAUCCGAAGACAGGCGCGUCAAAGAAGAGAUUAUCUCUAUCGGAGAGCGCUUACCCUACGCGAUGCAGAAAUUUCAGAAAAGCGCGCAAAAUUAAAGAAUUCUCUGGCGACCGGGAAGCCUCUGGACCCUAGCAUCGCCAAUGACAAGCAACUUCGACAGGACUACAAGUAUGAUGAAUCUCGAGCCGAUCGGACAACGCAAGAUGAACUGGAUCUAGACGACGAGUACAGCUAUCUUUCUGGUAUUGUUGAUCCUCGAGUCCUGGUGACCACUUCGCGCGAUCCGAGUUCAAGACUAGCCUCCUUUGCGAAAGAGAUCAGACUUUUGCUGCCUACCGGAAUCCGACUAAACCGUGGUAAUUUGAUCUUACCGAACCUCGUAUCCAGCGCGAAAUCAAGCGGACUCUCCGAUCUGAUUUUGCUCCAUGAACAUCGUGGAACACCUACUGCUUUGACCAUUUCACAUUUUCCACAUGGUCCGACGGCUUCUUUCAGCCUUCAUAAUGUGGUGUUGCGUCACGACAUCCCUAACGCAUCACGGGGGACGGUCAGCGAAAGCUAUCCGCAUCUUAUCUUCGAGGGCUUCACCACAGCGCUUGGAAAGCGUACCGUCAAAAUCCUCCAGCACUUGUUUCCGCCGCGGGAAGGUGGUACGAAGCUAGGAUCACGCGUCGUCACCUUCAAAAACAUCGAGGAUAGCAUCGAAGUCAGGCACCAUGUCUUCGUCAAGACUGGUUAUCAGAGUGUCGAGCUGGCUGAAGUUGGUCCACGUAUGACAAUGCGUUUAUUCGAGAUUCGGCAAGGCACAGCCGACAACAAAGACGGAGACGUGGAGUGGCACAUGAAUCAGUACACGCGAACAAGCAAGAAGAAGGACUACCUAUGA